GCAGUGUGUCCACCUGCAGAGCGCCUUGCGCGGCACUACAUUACCACGCUGCCGCGCGCAACUCUGCUUCUCCCGGCAGCACAUCCACCGUUCACAGGACCACUCAGACGCUGCGUCUUAACCGGAUGACCAGGGAUUUAUCCACGCGCAUAAGAGAUAUACGUUCAAUUUAAGUUGGGUUGAUAACUUUAUUGGGUUCCAAGCUUUGUUCGGUUCUGGACAAACGGCAUCUGCUGUGGAUAGACCGCUGACGGAGGAGCUCAGAGGAUCUGCUAGAUGAUUUCUAAAUGUUGAUUUGCCCCAUCAAAAUAUUCCACAGGCUAAACACCCUCAGGGACUAAACAGCUACUGGACUGUCCAAGCGCAGUGCUUGGAGACCGAGGGAGCGUUAUGCAGGGGGACCGAGUGUGUUGGCUGCUGGUCCUGUUGGCCAUCUCCUCCGGGACCCUCCUCCCGUCUAACGAGCCCCUCUCUGCUCCCAGGGUCUUCCUCUCCUUCAAAGAGCUGAGGUCCACCGGCACCGCCCACCACUUCUCCUUCCUGCUCAACUCGUCAGACUACCGGAUCCUGCGCAUGGACGAGGACCACGACCGCAUGUACGUGGGCAGCAAGGACUACCUGCUGUCCCUGGACCUGCACGACAUCAACAAGGAGCCGCUCAUAAUCCACUGGCCUGUGGCCCCCCAGAGGAAGACAGAGUGUGUGUUGUCAGGGAAGGACACUAAUGGAGAAUGUGGAAACUUCAUCCGUCUGAUUGAGCCCUGGAACCGGACCCACCUGUAUGUGUGUGGGACGGGGGCCUACAACCCCAUCUGCACCUACGUGGACCGGGGCCGCAGGUCCCAGGGCUCCCUCCACCUUCAGAACCCCCAGUCUGGAAGCAGAACCAAUCGCGCGGCCGACUCCAGCUCCACGGCAGGCCCUGUGGAGGCACAGCAAUACAUAUUUCGUCUAGAGCCAGGCAAAGUGGAUUCUGGGAAAGGCAAAUGUCCGUACGACCCCAAACUCAACAGUGUCUCAGCAUUGAUUAAUGGAGAGCUGUACGCUGGGGUGUACAUCGACUUCAUGGGCACCGACUCGGCCAUCUUCCGCACGCUCGGGAAGCAGACUGCCAUGAGGACCGAUCAGUACAACUCCAGAUGGCUGAACGACCCCACGUUCAUCCACGCACACCUCAUCCCAGACAGCACGCAGAAGAAUGACGAUAAGCUGUACUUCUUCUUCCGGGAGAAGUCGUCAGAGAUGGGCCAGAGUCCCAUGGCCCAGGCCAGGAUAGGCCGGAUCUGCCUGAACGACGACGGGGGCCACUGCUGUCUGGUGAACAAGUGGAGCACGUUCCUGAAGGCCCGACUCAUCUGCUCGGUGCCCGGGGCGGACGGCAUCGAGACGCACUUCGACGAGCUCCGGGACGUGUACAUCCAGCCCACCCAGGACACCAGGAACCCGGUCAUCUACGCGGUGUUCUCCGUCUCAGGGUCGGUGUUUAAAGGCUCGGCCGUGUGUGUCUACUCCAUGGCCGACAUCCGCAUGGUGUUCAACGGGCCCUUCGCCCACAAGGAGGGCCCCAACUACCAGUGGGUCGCCUACACCGGGAAGAUCCCCUACCCGAGGCCCGGCACUUGUCCCGGAGGUACGUUCACCCCCAACAUGAAGUCCACCAAGGACUACCCCGACGAGGUCAUCAACUUCAUGAGGAACCACCCGACCAUGUACAACGCCGUGUACCCGGUGCACAAGCGCCCCCUGGUGGUCAGAACCAACGUGGACUAUGAGUUCACCACCAUCACCGUGGACCAGGUGGCCGCCGCCGACGGCAGCUAUGAGGUGCUGUUCCUGGGGACAGACCGGGGAACGGUCCAGAAGGUCAUCGUCCUGCCCAGGGACGACCUGCUGACAGAGGAGCUGGUGCUGGAGGAGGUGGAGGUCUUCAGGGUACCCACCCCGAUCACCAGCAUGAGGAUCUCCUCCAAACGGCAACAACUGUACGUGGGCUCCGUGCUGGGCGUGACCCACCUGGCGCUGCACCGCUGCGACGUGUACGGGGAGGUGUGUGCCGACUGCUGCCUGGCCCGGGACCCCUACUGCGCCUGGGACGGCAAGACCUGCUCCCGGUACUCGGCGUCCCAGAAGAGACGCAGCCGACGGCAGGAUGUGAAGUACGGAAACCCCAUACGCCAGUGCAGGGGCUACAACUCCAUCGGCAAUAAGAACACGCUGGAGACGGUGCAGUACGGGGUGGAGGGCAGCACCACCUUCCUGGAGUGCCAGGCCCGGUCUCCCCACGUGUCCCUCAAGUGGCACCUGCAGAGGGAGAACAGCGACCGCAGGAAGGAGAUCCGCUCGGAGGGCCGGGUGCUGAAGACGGAGCAGGGCCUGCUCAUCCGCUCGCUGCAGGGCUCCGACAGCGGCGUGUACCUGUGCACGUCCACCGAGAAGAACUUCAAGCACACGCUGGUGAAGCUGCAGCUGGUGGUGCUGUCGGGGCGCACCGUCAACAACGUGCUGGUGGAGGCGGGGGGGCCGGCGCCGCGCCGCCCGCCGCUGCAGUCCAGCGCCUGGACGCCCAGCGCCGGCCAGUACAAGGACCUGCUGACCAUCCUGAGCCAGCCCGAGAUGGGCCUCAUCAACCAGUACUGCCAGGACUACUGGCAGCUGGGAGACGGAGCCGGAGCCAAGGGCCUCAAGGAGCUGAAGGAGCAGAAGAAGCCGCGCAACCGCCGGCACCACGACGAGGGGACCACCCCGGCCCCCGGGACAUGA